AUGCUUAGUGUUCAAGUUGUUGGCCUUUUUGUUUUGUGUGCUGUUGUUGACUCUGGCUAUAUUGGCCGAGCAGGUAGAAGGGGAUAUGGAAUAGCGGACAUUGAAAGUUAUCCAGAGUAUAACCAAGUAGCUGUUCCAGUCACUUCAGCUGGAUCUUACAACUCUCCUCCAAAAUACCAGUAUGAUUACUCAGUAAGUGACCCCCACACCGGAGACCACAAAGCUCAAUGGGAGACUCGAGAUGGUGAUGUUGUCAGAGGCGCAUAUUCGCUAGCAGAACCAGAUGGCAGCACUCGCAUAGUAGAGUACACGGCAGACAAAAUCCAUGGAUUUAGAGCAGUCGUUCGAAAAAUCGGUUUCGCGCCAUCUCCACAAGGAUACAAGGAAUUGAAUUCAGUUGAUUACUUUGGUUUCCACUAG